CAUUACACCAAGGGAGACCUACCCUCCUUUCCGUCCAAACCCUAAAACACAUCCCCUUUCAUGGUCACUUCGGGUUAAUAUCCCACUCCCAUCAGCAAGGCAAGCUUCGAUGCUCCCUUCACCAAGUUGCCUUAAUACUCUGAAAUCAUAGAACACUUCCUUAAACACCUUUCAGAUGAUGUUUCCUUCCCCACGCUUCAAACCCUUUCUCUAUCUGAACUCACUCACAAGAACACCACUGCUUCAACUUCAAACCCCGAAAUCGAAUCAAACUUUCCCACCAUCACUCACUCCGAAACACACCUCAACCACUUCACAGCACCACCCAUUCAAGGUUUCCUACCUCGUAAGCACUUGUGGCUUCUCCGUAGAAACCGCUCUCAAGAUCUCCAAGUUCACCCAAUUCAAAACCCCCGAAAAACCCGAUUCAAUCAUCGCCUUAUUCAGAAGCCACAGUUUCUCCAACACCCAGAUAAUCAGCAUUAUUAGAAGAGCACCCAAUGUUCUCACAUGCGACCCCCACAAAAGGAUUUUCCCAAAGUUUGAAUUUUUACGCUCCAAAGGGGCCUCAGGCUCCGACAUUGUGGAACUGGUGACUAAGAGCCCCACAAUCCUGUAUGCGAACCUCGAGAAUAAUAUUGUUCCUUCCUAUGAGUUGGUGCGGAGGUUCCUUGAAUCCGAUAAGAAAACGAUGGAUUGCAUUCGUGGUUGCGGAUAUUUCUUUGGUUCCGGUCGUGCGUCGCGGAAUGUGAUGUUGUUGAUUGAUGAGGGAGCCACGGACUCCGUCAUCGCCUUUUUGUUACAGAAAAGGUUUUCUGUGAUCUUGUGUUCUGGUUUUAAGGAGACUUUGGAUGAAAUUAAGGAAAUGGGGUUUGAGCCUUUCAAGAAGAAGUUCGGGCUGGCGCUGCUUGCGAAAAAGAUUGUUCCGAAAUCGCACUGGGAAGCUAAAGUUGAUGUCUUUAAGAGCUGGGGUUGGUCUGAAGAAUUGGUUAUUGGUAUGUUCAAGAGGCAGCCCCUCUUUAUGUUAGCGUCCCAAGAUAAGAUUGAUCGGGUAAUGAGAUUUUGGGUUAAGCAGUUAGGUUGGGAUUCUUUGGCCCUUGCCAAAAAGCCAGAGAUUUUUGGAUUUAGUUUGGAGAGAAGGAUCAUUCCAAGGGCUCUUGUUGUCCAGUAUUUAGUCGCUAAAGGCUUGAGGAAAAAGAGUGCCAGCAUGAUUGUCCCAUUUGCUGUUUCUGAUAAGGAGUUUCUUGAAAAGUAUGUGAUGCGAUUUAAGGAGGAAGAAGCGGAACUAUUAAAGCUGUACCAGGGAAAAAUGAGUGGUCAUGGAAAUAAGGAGGAUGGUGCAGCUCCUUUAACCGUAGUGUAAUUUAAAAAAUAUCUAGGUCCAUAUUUAAUUUAUUCCAUGUUAGUGGAAAUAAUGUCAAGUGAAGGCUAAGUUUGAGUGAUUGAUAUGUUUUUCAGACGUUUAGCUGGGAAAUAUAUCAUAUAACAGCUUUCGGAUACAGCAUUAUAGGCUAGAGCUUUUUACUUUUGUUGUUUGUAUGGUCAUGGUCACUUGAGAUGGAUAAUUGUGGCUGAGAGGAUACUAAGGAUUUCCUGCUUCAGUUUUGCAGUUCCUUUAUAUAAGGUUUGAUCUAGAAAAUGGUGCUUUGAAGUAAGCUUCUGACCUUUGGGGGAGAAGCUUCAAUUAUGAUUCAAUUGAAGUUAUGCCCUUAUUUGCAGCAUAGUGGUCAACUGGUCAUGUCAAUAUGUUAGGGUAGAUGUAAGACAAGUUCUUUGGUUGGAGAAACUUGAAAAUAUGUGAAUGUCCAAAUGUUGCAAUAUGAUGAAAUCAUAUCAAGCUGCAAGAACUUGUUAAUAUUUAACUUUAUGUGAUUAGUUUUUUUCUUUCUUCAUGGAUUGUAUUGGUUUAGUUUAUUUAUAAAAUAUAAGCUUUUAGAUGUAGGUGGCUGUAAACUGAAUUGUAUUCAGGUUGAAAAAUAUUCCCAAGUUAGGUUUUAUUCUAGCUUGCUUUUCAGAAUUCUGUAAUGUAUUUAAAUAGUUGAAACUGGUAAUGCAUUCUUUCGUUUA